CUUUCAACAAUUUCUCAUUGCCAUUGUCGUCCUUCAUACUCAGUGCUCAGAAACUGCCAUGUCUAGCACGACUGGUCAAGUUAUCAAGUGCAGAGCUGCAGUGGCUUGGGAACCAGGGUAGCCACUGUCAAUCGAAGAGGUAGGAUUGGCGCCACUGCAGGCCGGAGAACUGCAUCUCAAGAUUCUCUUCACAGCCCUUUGUCAUGCUGAUGUUUACUUUUGGGAAGCUAAGGGACAAAAACCAUUGUUUCCUCGUAUAUUUGGCCAUGAAGCCGGAGGGAUUGUGGAGAGUGUAGGGGAGGGAGUGACUCAUUUGAAACCAGGAGAUCAGGCUCUUCCAGUAUUCAUAGGGCAGUGUCCAUACUGAAAAUUGAAAGAAAGCAACAUGUGGGACCUUCUAAGGAUCAACAUGGACAAGGGUGUAAUGAUCAAUGACGGCAAGUCCAGAUUCUCUAAGAACGGACAGCCAAUAUAUCAUUUUGUGGGGACUUCCACAUUCAGAUUUAGUGCUACAGUAAACGUUGCAAAACCAAAACCUGGUUCCUCUGUUGCCAUUUUUGGACUGGGAGCUGUUGGCCUUUCUAUAUGUUUGCAGCCAGCCAAGAAGUUUGGAGUUAAUGAGUUUGUGAAACCAAAAGACUGUGACAAACCUGUACAAGAGUGGUUAACACUUAACAGGGAUUGCUGUCCAUGCUUCAGGGAAAACCUAUACAACAGAAAUCAAAUCUCUCAAGGCUGUAGAUUAUUGCUAGGCAAAAUACUAACAGUCACUAAGAGCAACAAACACCCAUAUAGAACUCUACUAUUGAACCAUUCCUCUUUUUUUUUUCUUUUUCUUUUUUUAACAAUCAAAAUCAGCUGCAAGUUAAUUCUAACUUAUAGUUGGGUUUAGAUCCAGAAGAUUGGAAAAAAUUUGUCAUUUUUGUAGCAGAGAACUAGUCAGAUCUAGAAAACACCUGAAUUGUGUAAACAAUGAAGAUUAAUAAUGAAGUUAACAAAUA